GGUAAUAAAAAGCCACGAUAACGGAACAAGAACACGGCACGGAAUGCUGCUGCCUCCGCUUCCUCUUCCCAAACGAUCGAUCAUCAACAAAAUGUCGACAACGAAUCAUUGAGCAGUGACAAAGAAAAUGAACCUUACGAAGAAAAUAUCGGCAGUAUGGAAAGUACGCGCGGAGAGAUAAAUAACGACGAGGAGAAAGAAAUGAGCUGGAGUUGCAAUAAUCAAGUUACUGACCAAAUAGACGUUGGCGAUAAUCCUGUCAAUGAACCAACCGAUAAUGGGGAGAAUACGCGUGACAGCGAAGAAUCACUUCAGCAGAGUGAAAUUGAAGACGACAACAUCAACGACAUCAAUGAUGACGACGCCGCUGAUACCGGUAACGAUGUAACAAACGAAUGCAUCAACGAUUCAGAACAUGAUUUCGGUCCUGACGACGACGACGACGAUAAUGGUAUUAAUGAAAGCGUUGAUGGGGAUGGCGACGGCGACGAUGAUGACGGCGGCGAAGCUGAGAAUUCGGAUCACAAUGGUAGCUCAUACAAAAUUGAUCGAGGCAAUGUCGUAAAAAUGAAACCGAAUGUGACGGAAGGUGAACUAAUUAUAAAAGUUUUAGCGAUAGGAGAGCGUUUCAAUUUGCCAAGAGUCGUGAUAUUAACUAUAUUUGCACUGCUAAAGCAAAUAAUCAAUGAAUGUACGAUACCAACUACCGAAAAAGCUUUGCAAACUUCGCAAUUACCGGUCAAGUAGAAAGAAGGUCAACCGUACGGCGGUAGAAGAUUUGUACGACGGUAUUGCUUAUAAAAAAAUGCAAAGUGACGGUAACUUUUUGAAUUCAAAUUUUAAUAACUCCUUCACCAUGAAUACAGAUGGCUGUCAAGUUAGUGAAUCGUCCAAGGAUAGUGCCUGGCCUGUUUUAUUAACGAUAAACGAACUUCCUCCUCAUAUGCGCAAACGAUACAUGAUAUUGGCGGGUAGUUAUGUAGGGAGGAAGAAACCAAAUCUUCUCGCAUAUUUGCGACCAAUAAUUGAGGAAUUAAGAAAAUUGUACACUACCGGUAUUCGAUGGAAGCCCGACGGCCAUGAAACGGUUACUAGUAAAUUCGUUACAACGACUGUUACCGUAGAUUCCAUGGCUAGGUGGGAAAUUCUUAAAAUGAAGAUAUUUCACGGAAAAUUCGGGUGCGCAUUUUGUUACGAGCCGGGCAUAGAUAUAAGUAGAUUGAACCGAAAAUAUCCAGUCAGGGAAUUUCAAAAUCGUACCGAUCAUCGUCUGCGUAUACAAAUGAGCAAAGCAACGAAAACCGGCAUCUCGGUGUACGGUGUACUGGGUAAUUCGAUUCUCCGUUUAUUACCUGAAUCAAGAGACUCGGCAGAGUCUCGGGACAAGUACAU